CGCAGGGUAAUACUUAUGGAUCAUUCUGAAAGAGACCUCUUUGUCCUUGUUAACAAGCCAAUAUUUGUUUGGUAACAACCAGACUUUUUCCCAACAGAUAUUAGUGACCGAUGUAUUCCAGUAACUUGUGAUAUAAGGAAUGGAUACAAUAUCCCUUUGAACUAAAGCACGUAUAGAUCUGUUGUUCUGAGGGAGCAAGGAGAAACAUAUUUUCCCUAUUGGAGAGUCAACUGGAUUAAGCAAGGGUAGGUCAAGAAGGUGAGGUCUGGCUACACCUCUAAAUAACAUGAGAGUUCCAGAUGGAAUAGCAUCAAAGACUAUGGCGAACUCUCUAGGUGUUASAGGGAUAUUGUAACGAGAUAAAAAUUCCUCAUAAUUGAGUAACAAUCCUUCUGCAUUAAAAAGUUGACUCACCAGCAGGAUAUGAUUAUUGAACCAGUUCUUUAAAAAAUAAAGACUCGUUUCUAUACAAAAUGUCCUUAUUGUUCCAAAUGAAAUGCCUAUGCGUGGAAAAAGUAUGUUUAUAUAUUAACGACCACYCUAUGAAUACUUGUCUAUMAAAAGCAUAUAAUUUUGCAGGAAUCUUAUCAAUGUUAUAGUUACAAAGUAACAUAAAAUUGAGGCCACCAAAACGGGAGAAGAUAUAAUGAGGGAUGAAAUUCCAAAUUGAAGUUGGAUUCUUAAAUAUUUUUUUAGCCCAACUUAUCUUAAAAGUGUUUUUCAAAGUAGGAAAAAAAAAAUUGAGGCCACCAUAUUCAUAUGAGUUCAUAAUGACAGAUUUCCUAAUAUAAUGUGUAUGAUUUUUCCAGAUGAAGUUGAAAAGCACCUGGUCAACUGCUUUACCUAUUUUGUUGUCAAGAUAAAGGGACUGGGCUGCAUAAGUAAGUCUGGAGAUACCUUCAGCUUUAGAAAGCAAUACUCGACCUUUCAAGGAUAAAUCCUUCUGCAAAAAAUGGUUCAACUUCUUUUUGUUUUUUUCAAUAAUAGGUAUAACAUUUAAUGAGCAUCUUUCCUGUUGAUCCUUAGAUAUGUUAAUCCCAAGGUACGUUACUUUUUCCUUGACUGGAAUAUUGCAUAUAGAGGGUAUCACACCGUCUUUAACAGCAAACAAUUCACGCGUAUUAAAUUAAGGUUUAGGCUCUAUCUGUGACUACAUGUCAACAUGUCCGUUGUGUUGUACUCUUGCGUGUACACAGUGCGCAUUACGUAAGCACCCAGGCUCACUUUCUAAUUGGUGCAGAAGCUGUCAGUCCAAACCAUGCUCUCCAAUGGGCUUUCUGCUUUCUGUCAAACACAGACACCAUGUUCUGUCCCCGGGGGCUUGGAGAUUUCUUGGAGCGUAGUCUGAAUGCCACUCAGAUGAGUGCGUAAACAGGAAUCUGGGCUUCAAACUCUGCGCUGGGUUUAUCCUAAAGAACUGAACUAAUCGAUAUGAGCCGUCCGUCCUCUGCGGGCGGUGGGGGCGGAGGACUCGGUUCCGGGAAAACAGGAGGAGGAAAGCACGGCGGUUCGGGAGGAGCUGCUGCCUCAGCUGCAGCCGCCGGAGUAGGAGCUGUGGCCGGGUCUGGCUCGGCUCUACCUGUCGCUGCUGUUGCCUUGCCCUCAGCAUCGCUACCUGGGCAAUCUGCUGAACUUACAGCCUUGUUCGAGUGCCCGGUUUGUUUUGACUACGUCCUGCCACCGAUUCUGCAAUGCCAGGCCGGACAUCUAGUUUGCAACCAAUGUCGUCAAAAGCUGAGUUGUUGUCCGACUUGUCGCGGCCCUCUCACCCCGAGUAUCAGGAACUUGGCUAUGGAAAAAGUUGCUUCUACUCUACCGUUUCCUUGUAAGUACGCGUCAGCCGGAUGCCUGCUGUCCCUCCACCACAGUGAGAAGCCUGAUCACGAGGAGGUGUGUGAGUUCCGUCCCUACACCUGCCCGUGCCCCGGGGCCUCCUGCAAGUGGCAGGGCUCCCUGGAGGCUGUCAUGCCCCACCUGAUGCAUGCCCACAAGUCCAUCACCACCCUGCAGGGAGAGGACAUCGUCUUCCUGGCAACAGACAUCAACCUGCCGGGGGCCGUGGACUGGGUCAUGAUGCAGUCCUGCUUCGGCCACCACUUCAUGCUAGUCCUGGAGAAGCAAGAGAAGUACGAGGGCCACCAGCAGUUCUUUGCCGUGGUGCUGCUCAUCGGAACGAGGAAGCAGGCCGAGAACUUCGCCUACCGCCUGGAGCUCAACGGGAACCGGCGGCGCCUCACCUGGGAGGCCACACCCCGCUCCAUCCACGACGGUGUGGCGGCCGCAAUCAUGAACAGCGACUGUCUGGUCUUUGACACGUCCAUCGCUCACCUGUUUGCCGACAACGGCAACCUGGGGAUCAACGUUACCAUUUCCAUGUGCUYAGCGGCUCAGAUGUGGAAACACAGACCCACAGGCCUCUCUCGUUCUCAGACUUACACGUGCGAUGGGCAGAAACCGGUGCACAGUGACUGACUGCUGUGCUGUACCUGCCUCCUGUGUGAUGCAGUAGACUGUGUGUGAGAGGAUAGGUGGGAUAUGGAGAGGAUGUGUGUGUUUUGCUGCUUGAGGCUCGUUGGCUCCCCAUAAUGCUUGAAUGGAGACUGGGCUGUAGAGUAGUUUCAGGGUUAGGGUGUUUGCCUGUCCUCUCAUUGUGUGUGCUGGAGACAGUGUACAGUGUACAUGCGGUGGGCUUUUGAUGACUGAUGCCCUACCCGCCCCCAGGACCCCUCAACCGCUCCCACCCCACUCACCCCUACCUCCUCUUCUGCUCAGCCAACCAGUGCCAGGCAAGAAGGACACUGCCAGUGUAAGAAAGGGCYGUCAGUCAAUUGGCUGCCACACAGCGGUAUUCAGAGAACCUCCACUUCAACCGUGAAUGGCCCCUGCAGAUGCAGCUUCCUAAUCCUCACAGCGAAUUAAGUUUCAGUAAGUUGUUCAGUGGACCAAUUAGGCCUCAGACGCAUAUGGGCAGAAUCGGGUCUGAGAGUGACCAAUGUGCUGCCUCGGUCUGGGUUAGUGUGAGCUAAGCCGGGGUUGUUCAUGCCCUCCUAAAGGAUUGCACUGACUACUAACCAACUCCUUACUUUUCAGAACCGCAAAACUCAACCGUUUCAAUAAUUAGGCUAUGUCAAUUAUACCCCAACCCUGGUGUGUAUAAUAAAUAUUGGUGAUAGAUCCUGAUCUGAUUGUAAGCAAAAGACUGCAUGUAUGUCCGCCAUGUAGAAUAAAGACACAGAUCAGGUGUUUUGGUUGUAGGCUCUCGUCAUAAUGCAUCAUAAAGGUUGCAUAAUGCCAUCGUAAGCAUGGUAUCAAACCUGUCAUAAGCACUGUUUGGUGAAACCCUGGGGCCUAGUUAUUCACAUGGAUUCUGUAUUACAAUACAAACAACAAAAAGUAAAACAAUCUUAAGUUGAAUCUUGAAAUUUUCAAACAACAAAGGUACAUUACUUCUCCAAAGUCACAAGCUCUGUUACAUAAAACUCUGAUAGAUUGAAGGUUAGCUUGUUUGUUAACAAUGAAGUCCCUUUCUUUGGUAAGGUCAAUUGUCAUACAAUUUCAUGAAUGAAAAACAGGUGUCAUGUCAUAUUUAAGAUGGCAUUAUGUUUGUUUUGACACAGAAAUCAUAUUUCUAGUGUGCGAGCGUACAUGUUUGCACAAGACGGUACCACUACUGUUAUGAUUAUGUAUUUUUUUUUCUCUGCAGCCACUCCUCACCAACAGAGAUGAACACUGGCGGAGGCACGGCUUUCUUAUUUGUUCCUCUGUAUGUCUCUUGAAACCGUUUGUUCUGCAGAACCUGGUUUAUCUUCAGUUCUUCUACGCUCUGAUUGAUAUACUGUAAUAUGGGGGUAGUUUUGACUCUUCCCCUCUGGUCAGUCAACCCACCACAGCCUUACUUUUGUACGUAACCUAACUAGCACUCCCAAGUUGGGAAGGCAUCUGUGAGGAUGACUAAGUUAGACUCACUCAGACCCACCCUCAGUGUCUUGAACGGACUCUCGGUUUUUGUGGACUUUGGGGCAAAGUCCCAUGGCAUUGUGGGUAGAAAUGGGCAUUCCAUAGUACUCCAGCCAUGUACCUCGCCUUUACCCGGCGUCAUAGUAACCAAGCAACCAAAGCAAACAAAAACCCACCUUUUCAUAAAGUACCUCUGAUGACGUUGAUCACAGACAUGUCUGUAACCCAACAGAGUCCCCUCCUGCUCCCAGACACUGCAGUAUAUCCCAAAUCACCCUCUGCUGAUCACCUCUGCCCCACUGCUCUGUCUUAUAAGUAUUUGUAAUAUGUAAAUGUUGGAUGACCAUAUAUUUUCUAAAAGCUGAUAGGAGGAGAUUCUGUGUUCGGUUAAUCUGAGAUGUGUUUGUGUUCACGGUUACUCAAACUGUUGUACAUAGGUUUUGAGGUUAUUUUCUGAGCUGUUGUAACUACCUGCUAUCCUAUUUUAUUCUAGUGGUCAGUGUCCCUGCCUUACCCACUGAGUGGACAGACAUUUCUGCCAACACAAUCCUUUGGGCAGGACAGCUCUGCAAUUGCUAUGGCUGAUCUGUAAUAUCGGCAAAAAAUGCAAACUGUGACGCUCACCUUUUUGUAACAUGGGCUUGAAGCCUUUAAUGCUGCAUCAGUUAUCAUGAUCAGUUAUCAUGAGCCAUAGAGAACUGCAGGAAUCGGUGUGGAUUUCAUUAAUGAAUUGUUUAUGGGGCAAUGGGAGAUCAAAUCAAUGGAAACUAAGAGUCAGUGUCCACAAAAUUAGAUUUCAUGGUGCAUUUGUUUCCACUUAGCAAAAUGAAAACAUCUWUAGGUCUACAUCACCAUUACCUGACAAAAACAUCUGUCCAUCUACCCAUGUAACUUAAACAUACAAUGGCAGUUGCACAUAUAAAUCCUUUGCAGCUACUGUCAUAUGAACACCAAGUCCUAGAAAUGCUAAUGAAUACCUAGGCUAGGGUUAACCAACUGGUGACCCACAGGUGGUUUUAUUUGGCCCCCCCAAGURUUCUGUAGUUAUGUUUUGGGGUGGCAGGUAGCCUAGUGGUUAGAGCGU